GCGGGGCGACACAUUAACUUAUAAUUAUCUCACACUCGAAAUGGCGCGCUUGUGUUGUCUGUUGGUGGCAUUAGCCGUUGUCGGCUAUGGAGCUGCGGCGCCGGCACCCAUCAAAGGGGAGGGACGCUCUUUUGGACUACUCGGCGGUGGCUUCGGCGGCAGCGUGGGACUAAGUGCAGGGCUUGGCAUAAGUACGGGUCUCUAUAGUGGUUUCGGCGGUGGCGGCGGCGGUGGUUACUAUCCAGGAGGUGGCUCCUACGGCGGUGGCUACUAUCCCGGUGGCGGAUAUCAUCAUGGCGGUGGUGGAUAUGGCGGCGGUGGAUACGGCGGUGGUUACUAUCCAGGCGGUGGUUACAGUGGAUAUGGACACAGGCCUUAUUAUGGUGGUGGCGGUGGCGGUUACUAUCCAGGCGGUGGAGCCUACAACAACUAUGGAGGCUCAUAUGGCGGCCACUACAGCCAGUCGCAGUCGCAUUAUUCCAACAAUUAUCACAAUGGCGGCUAUGGCGGCGGCUUCUUUGGUUGA